GAUUGAAUUUACAACCCUGGGUUUAGCAGGCCAAUGCUCAAACCAAGUUUAUGUAGGCUGAGUUGUAUGCCUGGCUUGGCCCCACAGGGUGGUCUGACCGGAGUGGGGGCAAAGGGCCCACCUGCUGGAGGGAUGCAAGAGGCUUUCAGCAGCCUACUGUCCACUAGAAUCAGGCUCAUGGAAUGCCUGUGUUUUGCUGCAGGCAGAGGAGGCUGGUACCCUAGCCCUAAAUCUAACCCUGAGGUCACUGCUUCAUGCCUGGAUCCAGAGGAAAUCAAAACAGUUUGAUGAAUGGAAAUCAGGCUUUUCUGGUUUUCAGAUUUUCACCAGAAUUUUAUAGGGUUUUGCCCAUUGAUACUUGAGUAUUCUCUGAAAUGUUUUAAGUCACCAGAUGCGGUUUUCAAAAGUUGCUGCAUUACAGACAGAGAAGGGCCAUCGAGCUGAGUGUACAGUCUGGCUUUUCUGGGACAAAUGCAGAGGAUGGCAUCAUGAUUAGCCAGAGAAGGUUCCUCAGCCUAGGGAUCUAUCCUGUCUUUGGUUCACUUCUGUUGCACUGAAUUUUGGAAGUUUAAUUAAAGCAAAACUUCAUCUCCCAGAAAUUGUGGGACAGCUGGAAUCCAGCUGUUGUCACAUUCCCCUAAACAGUGGGGACCAAAUUGAUCACUGGUGUAAGUAGGUGCGACCCGGUUGACAUCUGUGGGGUAGCACCCACUCACACCAGGGGGAAAUCAGGCAAAGAGAGAAAGGAGAACAGUCUGAAUGAGCUUGGAAGGUGCCUAGACUGCCCUAAGGUCACAUAGCUGUAUGUAAUGUAACUGUCCAUAGAUGGGCCCUAGGUAGGGGGCAGAAGCCUGUCCAACACCUCUGGGAAUUUAAUAGCCCCCACUACUUCCUGCCAAGGGUAACAUCACUACUUUAACACCUGCCUCAUAAUUAAUGAUUGUACUUCUAUGUGUUAGUCUCAGUGAUGCUGUACUCGUAACACUGUGAGUCUGGCCCUGUAUUAACCAGCAGCUCUGCCUGUUUGAUAACAGUCCUGGAGCAGAGGUGACAGCGCAGUGGGAAUAAAGCCACGGACCCAAGCAUCCCUGAAGAAAACUGGGAAUGUAUCCAGCGGUUCUGUGACCAGGUGAAUGCAGACCUGGAAGGCCCGUCCAUUGCACCCAGGCUGCUAGCACAUAAGAUACAGUCGCCUCAGGAGAUGGAAGCUCUUCAUGCCUUAACAGUGCUGGAGACAUGUGUGAAUAACUGUGGUGAAAGGUUUCACUACGAAGUGGCAAAAUUCAGAUUUCUGAAUGAACUGAUAAAAGUGCUGUCCCCAAAGUAUCUUGGAACCUGGUCUACAGAAAAGGUCAAAUCGAGAGUUAUAGAAAUAAUGUUCAGUUGGACGGUGUGGUUUCCUCAGGAAGUUAAAAUCCGGGAUGCUUAUCAGAUGCUGAAGAAACAAGGAGUCAUAAAACAAGACCCCAAACUCCUAGAAGACAAAAUUUUACCACCUCCUUCUCCAAGACCUAAGAAUUCUAUUUUUGAUGUUGAUGAAGAGAAAUCCAAGCUCUUAGCAAGACUUCUAAAGAGCAACCACCCUGAGGACCUGCAGGCAGCCAACAGGCUGAUCAAGAGCAUGAUUAAAGAGGAACAAGAAAAAUCUGCCAAAGUGUCCAAAAGACUGAAUGCAAUUGAUGAGGUUCACAGCAGCGUUAAGCUACUGGGUGAAAUGCUGACCAGCUACAAGAGGCAGGAGUUCUCCAAAUCUGACCUAGAGAUUCUGCAGAGCCUGUUUGAACGCUGUGAGAAGCUCAGGCCACUGCUCUUCCGCCUUGCCAGCGAGACGACUGACGACGAUGAGGCUUUGGCGGAGAUUCUCCAGGCCAACGACAAACUCACCCAGGCGCUCGGCUUGUACAGGCAGGUUGUAGUGGGCCAUGACCAGGGCAGGAGGAGUUCGGUGACCAGCUCCACUGAUGCCUCAGCACCUCAGUCCCCGCUGGGCGGUACGAAGAGCUACACACUGAUCGACUUCUCCGAGCUGGGUUCCAUGCUCAAGUCUCUCCCGGAGCAGGGCGUGAACACGACAGCCGCGGCUCAGCACGGCAGCACCUCCGCCUGCCUGCUCGACGAGGAGCUAAUGUCAUUAGGUCUCAAUGAUUCCCCUGUUGGACAGAGACCGUCACCUGAUUUCAGCUCCGUACAGAGUGCUGGGCACAAUGGAUAUAAUCAAACUGGAAAUGCCGAUACCCAUCAAACCGUGGUGCUGGGGGACAGCUGGCAGGGCGGCUCGCCAGAGAGGAAUGCGCUUCAGGAUUUGGCAGGGCAGCUGUCUCCGCCUCCUGUGACCAGGCCAUUUCCAACGAACUUACCACCAGUGCAAUUGUCCGCGGCAGGCCUUCCGAGCAGUUUAGCUGCAGACGCUUUGUUCUCUGACCCAGCCUAUGAGCUGAAACCUGCUGCUCCUUCGCAGCCAGCCUCCAAUGAUGCUGCUUUGGCAAACCUUUUUGUCCCGCUCAUUUCAAUUACACCGAGCAGUAUCCCUCCAGUUACAGUGUAUGAUCAAGAUGGUUUCAAGGUCAUGAUCCAUUUCUCCAGAGACCUAGCCCCCGGGCGACCAGAUGUACUGGUGAUGGUGCUCUCCAUGCUCAGCACAUCCACUCAGCCAAUUAAGGACAUUGUGUUCCAGGCCGCGGUCCCAAAGGUUAUGAGAGUAAAGUUGCAGCCGGCGUCUGGUUCUGAGCUUCCUGCCUUCAGCCCUUUGCUCCCUCCAGCCGUGAUAUCCCAGGUUCUGCUGCUCGCCAACCCACACAAAGAGCCCAUCCGACUGCGGUACAAGCUAAUGUUCAGGCAGGGCGAGCGGCCCUUCAGCGAAGUGGGAGAGGUGACUGGCUUCCCGGAGGCCGAGCUGUGGCGCGGGAGCUGAACUGCUGCUUUGAUGGAACGUGGACAUUGCCGCAUCGCCUUAGUGCAGCCUUGGGGGGAGCCGACCUGGGAGGGGCAGGGGGAGGCGCCCGGCACCUGGAAAGCCGGGGUGGGCUCCAUGCUGGCUGCUCUCCCCGGGGCCCAGUCUCCCACUCCUGCUCCGGUUUUCCUUGCGGGUAUCUGGUAGGAGGGAGUGCAAACCAGCUGCUCCUGCUCUUGGCCUUACCGCAGCUUUCAUCCCUCCGGUGGCUGGAUGCUCCUUUUCUACCAGCAUUUCUGCUUUCUUCUGCUUGUUGAGCCAUUUCGCCCGCUGGCCUCUUCGAAAACAAUUCUCCGAUUCAGGCCCUGUUUGCUCCCAGGGCGGAGCAGCUCUUGAUGCUGGUGUCCGCAGUGUCUGGGGAUCGGUGCUCUGACCUCGCAGUGAUGGGUGUGGUGUGAGCACCUGGGAAUGGAACGGAACGACUGUGGCUUGAAACAGGGCCGGAUCCAUAAGCCAAACCUGUUGGGUAUUGCCACAGCCUCAGCACUGCAAGGGCCUGGGUCCUCACCCUUUACCCUGGGAUCCUCGGUGCCUUCUCAGCCUCACCGUGAUUCCUGAGGCAGCCUCCACGCUGGGCAGCAUCCCAGCAGGCAGGGCCCCCUGCAGCAUGGGGGUUUGUGUCUAUGCAAAGCUUAAGUUUCCUUCCUGGUCACUCAAAACUUAAGGGGAAAAAUGUAUAAAGAAUUUCACUGCUGCACAAGUGGAAACAUGGAUCAAGUACUAAGGCAUCUGAGCUGCUCCACGGGGAGAGCUUGUCUGGAGAAAUCACUUUGUACAUCCGUGUCUAGAUAAACCUCUGCUUAGGCCAGCUCUCCCCUUGUCCUCUGUGCCGGGAAGCAGGGGAGAAAGGACCCCCUGUGCUGUUAUUAGUGGAACGUGCCCAGCCAGCCAGUCCAGCGUCCUGUGCGUCGGGUUUUAUAAGAUGCUGAACUUGCACAUUUUUUAAUCAAAGUAUUUUUGACUCCUGGUUGUCAUUGUUGCUGCUGGUGACCGAAAUGCCAUAGCGUUAGUUAUCCCCAGCUUGGUGGAGUUUGACCACACAGGGGCGCUGUUUGAGCUUUUUAUUACUUUACAGAGCACUGGAUUCCCAGGUACAAUCAUAAUAAACAGCAUUUGCUUUGACAAGU